AUGGGAUUCCCUCGGCAAGGUUGGUACACCUGCUGGAGAGCUGGCAACACUGCAGCUUCAGACCUGGACAGUAUCCGUGCCUUGUUCAAUGAGAAGGAGAAGGAGUUGUCAGUGGCCGUGGCCAAGGUGGAGGAGUUGACGAGACAACUGGAGGAGUUGCGGAGGGGGAGGAGGGAGAACACUCCCCCCUCUACAGCGCAGGAACUCGAAAAACUCCGGAGAGAACUCAUGUACCGGAACAAACUGAACGAUCAGCAGAACGCAAGGUUAACUCAACAGAAAGAAGCUUUAUCACAGAGGCAGGAGGAGAUGGUGUCGAUAGACAAGAGAAUCUCAGAACUUCAGGAUCGGCUUCACCGCAAGCGACUUCUCAACCAGCAACUGGCCAAUCAGAUCACAGCAGCUAGCAACAAGGCCAAUACCACACAUCAGCAACAACUGAGAAGUACGUUGUCAACAUCUGCCAUUCAACAUCACCAGCAGCAGCAGUAUCAGCAGCAACCAGGCAACAAGCAGUUGCUGAGGCCACUGACUGCUGGCAACAUAGCAGCCAUCGAGCCGUACCACCACGUCCCCUCUGACACCCAGGAGCACGUGAGACAACCGCUACGUCCAGAGAAACCGGAGCGGAGAAGUCACCACUUGGAGGUGGUAAACGAUCAAAUAUACAACCACGAGAGGUUAACAGGGUCGCAGGACGAUUUUAACAUGAAGUCAUCGCACAAGAACCAAAACUCACCGGUGGACGACAACUACAAAGUGAAAGAAGAGGAAAACCUUCCGGAGUUCGGUGCGAGUAAAACGGACCCUAAAUAUCAAACGUUGCCUUACAAUACAAAGUUUACGGUAAACUAUGUUACGCAUCCCCUGACCGGAGUGAAACUGAGGAGACUUCAGGGGGAGGGAGGGGAGAGGGAGACCGUUUGUGAUUCGGAGUUGGUGAAGAACAACAACAACAGUAACCAUGUGAACAACAACAUGAUGAGUGUAGUGCAUAGUAUUCCCAUACCACCUGGAGUCAACAAGGGUCUAGCGACGCCGUUGGCCAACCAGAAACUCUCACUGUCUCCUUCUAUGAUGUCUUCUUCGUCUUCUACUUCAUCCACCUCGUCGUUGUCUGUGUUGGGAAACCUGGGUCCAAGGGUGUACAACACAAGUAAUAUCGGGGCCUCUCUCCUAGCCAGAGGACAGCCUGUAGGAAACUCUUCCCCCACCUCCUCCGUAGCCACCAAUAGCAGCUCUAGUUCCACAUCCAGUCACCAGACUAUGGUUCCAUUCACCAAACCCAACUCCUCUCAUUCUGCUAAUGUAAAUAACGCUUCCUCUUCAUCUUCAAACUCUGUCCCGAUGGUAACGGGCUUCGUAUUGCCACCAACUUCCUUAUCUGAACAAUUCCAGAAGCCCGUGAGCAGUGUAGGCCCAAAUACUGUACAGCUACCUUCACCUAUCUACCAAACCUCAUCCACCAAAAUACAUCCUGUACAGCCUCAGACACUAAGCUCCACACCACAGGGUAUUCUUCGGGACCAAAAAGAAGAGUUGCCUUUAUCUCAACCCAGUGAACCGCCAGAUUCCCCGCUGAAGCCAGCGUUGCCUCCAAAGCCUGCACUGCCUGUAAAGCCCACACCUCCGCCACCGCCCCGCCAGGCUCACUGGGCGGGGGAGGAGGAGGACAAGCGACCCCGACCUGUGGACACGUCCUCGGAGGCUGUGGACACUGCUCUCACUGUACUCAGAGGCGCUGCACUCACCUCCAGGGGGAAUGACUACCCAUCUCAGAAGCCCCACCCAUACCAAACACAACCUCCCCAACCGGCCAGUGCUACUCUGGUAGUGUCCGAUCCCCUCCCUCCCCCACCACCUACCACUGAACCUCCUAUUGACGACCUUCCUAAGAGGCCACAAGACCAAAUAAUCAAGGCUCGACCCCUCACGAUACGAAAACAACCUCCCUCUGAAAUCCCGAGGUUAAGAAACGGAAGUUUGCCUGUGAAUCAAGGAUCUGAAGUCAAGAGUACAAAAGAAGAAGGUGAUGUGACUGAAAACCUCUACUCUGUAGAGACCAGUGGGUACAGUUCCAACAGAAGGAUAGAGAUGCCACCAGCUUUCUUGUUCCCCGAGACGGAGGCGCCCCCGGCAGAUCUGGUCUCAAGCUCCUCGGAGUCAACGGACCAGGUGGAUCGUGUUGCUCCUCCGAGUCCAGAGGAUAUCCACAACGAGGACAGCCAUCACAGCGAUAAAAGCUCGGAGGGCAGCAUGGAUGUCGAGACUAGGAACAGCCUCAAUAAGGAACAAACCGGGGAGGUCGUGAUGAGGAGAGCCAAGAAGGGUAACCUGAAGGGAGGUAAUGGAGGACACAAGCAAGUUACCAGGAGAGUGUCCUUCGAUCCUCUAGCUCUGCUGUUGGACGCUUCACUGGAGGGGGAACUUGAGCUAGUAGUGCGGACUGCUGGACAGGUGCGAGACCCGAGUGCGGCGAAUGACGAAGGCAUCACAGCACUUCACAACGCCAUCUGUGCAGGUCAUCUGGACAUUGUGAGGUUCCUGGUGCAGUUCGGCUGUGAUGUCAACGCUCAAGACAGCGACGGAUGGACGCCUCUGCAUUGCGCUGCUUCAUGCAACAACCUGGCAAUGGUUCGGUUCCUGGUAGAACACGGCGCUUGCAUCUUCGCCACAACUCUCAGCGACCAUGAGACUGCGGCCGAAAAGUGUGAAGAAGACGAAGAGGGCUUCGACGGUUGCUCUGAAUACCUUUACAGUGUCCAAGAGAAGUUGGGUAUUCUCAACAAUGGGGCUGUAUAUGCGGUGUUUGAUUACGAGGCACACAACACGGACGAGCUGAGCUUCAAGGAGGGGGAGAGGAUGAUCGUACUGAGGAAGGGAGACGAGUGGGAGAGAGAGUGGUGGUGGGCUCGACUGAGCGACAGAGAGGGAUACAUACCUCGCAAUCUGUUGGGGCUCUAUCCAAGAGUACACGCCAACAAGAACGUGGAUUGAUGCUUUAUGAAGACGAAUGUCAGAAUGUCUUAUCUUGCCAGACUUAUCGUUAGUCACGAAAACGGUCAACUUUUUCUCUGAUGAAAUCACCUUGAAUCUACAACUUUUAUCUUUUUCAUUUUUCCAAUCAAUACCUCAAGUGAUUUGUUGAGUUUUAAUGUUUGAAUGUGAUAAUUCAAUUGAAUCGUCUAGUUUGUGUUAGAGUUAGAAAUUUAUUUUCAUUUAUUGAACUAGAAGCGAUGAAUCGUAACUUUCUGUUAAUGCCACUUGUCAAGUAAAAACUACUUGGAUGGAUUUUUCGCACUUGUAUUUGUGACUCUUUACACUGAAUUCAAGAGUUUGCAAAUUUUAGACACAUUAGGUGUAUCAGGUUCUAGUUGAUAUUUUCAGUCAACUGUAAACCACGUCAUUUUGGUCACAUAAAAAAUAAGUUGGAGACAUUGCAGUGGCCUUGAAAUAUUGAUUGUUUCACGUUUUCUGUAGUGUUUAAUUUUGUCCCUGGAGGCCUUAUUUUAUAUCAGAGGGCCGCUUUAGUACCUGUUGUCUCACUAUUUAUUUACACCUAAUAUUACAAAACACAUAUUUUACUAGAGCUUAUGAUGCCGAACGCAGGCAGCACUAACUAUAAAACGUUUCACGAUGGCUACGAAUGUGUAUAUAAAUAACUAUAUAACUCUGUAUUAUAUUUAAAUAAUGACUAGACCAAAUUUUAAAUAUUGUAUUUUAUAAAUGAUAAAAUUUGUAUAAUUUGUUAUAAUUUUGUAUAUUGUAAAAACCAAAAAUGAAAGUAUUGUAUAUCAAAUUACCUAAGAAACAAAUGUGCCUUUAAUUACACAUAUGAGAUAGAUAUUUGAAUGUAAUCCUUUAUAUUGUUAUAAUAUGUGUAAACUAUUUUAAAUAAGAGGAAACUAUUACGUUGUGAUCAAAAUCAAAGAUCUAGCAUCGCUAGAUAAAGGUUUAGGUCUGUAAAGAAUGAAAUAAAUAUAUUGUACAUUUUGUUGAUGCUUAUGCACAUA